UCAAGACUUUCAGUAUGCGCUUCUCUCUCGUAGCUCUUGCCGGGCUUGCCACGUUGAGUGGCAGGCUGGAAGUAGAGGCCCGAGCUAUUCAGGCAGCUGUCGCAGCCCCGGCUAAUUCGAAUUCACUCGCCGCGAGAGACCUCGGAGUAUUUGAGAAGAUCAAAAGGCAGCUGACUGAAUCGGUCGUUGACGCUGGGACCCCGCCCGCGGAAGUAACCUCGGAGGACGAAUCUGUUCAAGAUAUCGUGGAGAAUGCUUUCCAAGCAGCCAAGAUCAAGAAACCCUCAACUAAGACCAAGACCAAGACCAAGGCCACUACCACUAAGAUAAAGGCUCCUCCAGCGACUAAGACUACUGCGACAUCAACUUCGAAGUCUUCCUCCAAGUCCUCUUCCAAGUCUUCGUCUGUGGCUCCUACGUCCAAAUCUUCCUCCAAGUCUUCGUCUGUGGCUCCUACGUCCAAGUCUUCCUCUAAGUCUUCGGUUGUGCCCACGUCCAAACUGACCCGGAAAACUUCAUCUGUGGCUCCCACGUCUAAGCUGACCUCGAAAACUUCAUCUGUGGCUCCCACGUCCAAGCUGACCUCAAAAACUUCAUCUGUGGUUCCCACAUCUAAAUCUUCAUCUAAAUCUUCAUCAGCUACGUCGACUUCCAAAACAUCCUCCAAGUCAUCGUCUGUAACGUCUUCGUCCAAGUCGUCUUCUGGCCCAUCCUCUACAUCAUCAGUUUCAAAGACCUCAUCCAAGUCAUCUUCUGGGACGUCAACGUCUAAACCUUCUUCGAAAACCUCUUCUGCGACAUCAGUAUCGAAGGCUUCGUCCAAGAGCUCUUCUGUAUUUUCCAUUUCCAAGUCUUCCUCCGCAACUUCCAUUUCCAAGACCUCUUCGGCAUCACCAUCUGUUACAUCUGUCUCAUCGAAGAUUGUUCCAUCUGUGACAAAGACUUCCUCUGUUGCUCCCACCCCGACAGCCUGCAGCCCCAAACAAAGCGGACACGUCAAGCGUACAGCAUCUGAUAUUGGCAACGCCGAGAAAGUGUACGAUUGGCUCAAGAAUGAGGCUGCUGCCAACAGACUGUCGCCUGAGAACAUUGUCUUCAACUCGGGCGGAGAAGGCGAGAUGAUGACCAGGAAAUUCUUGGCCAAGAACGGCGAUUACCAAACCUACCACACCAUUUUCGCUAACCCCAAGUUCUACACUGAUCACGCCACUACUAUGGAGGAGGUCUUCACGCAGGAGGCAGGCGGAGCUGAAGGUUUGUUGGCUCGCCACAAAGCCCUCGGUCGCUUUGCUAAGAACCCACUCUUAUUCUAUCUGCAUCAGAGCCUUGACAACACUUUCCUCUUUGCGGGAUUGGGUGAGAUGAAAUAUGCUGGUGAGAUCUCUGUCAUGAAGGACAACGCGAUGAAGCCCGCCGAUAUAGUCGAUACUUGGACUGGUGAUAUGUUUGGCGAGCCGACAGUGAGCCCAGGUGAGGGCUGCUAG